AUGUCCAGAGAUUCAGCAAAGCCAUCACCUGUAACCAAUGAAGAUAUAUUCAACACACUCCAGGGUAUAAUAAAACAAAAUCAGGAUUUGAAGGAUGAAAUCCAUACACUCAAAAAUGAAAUAAAGGAAGAACUGAAUAAUUUGAAACAGAAAAAUGAAGAACUAGAAAAUGAAAAUAAGUCAUUAAAAAAUAGAUUGAUAUCAACUGAACAUAAACUGAAGAAAUAUAAUAUUGUUAUUUACGGGUUGAAAGAAGUUAAAGAAGGCAACGAAUUCACUCAAACUUUAUCAUUUUUACAAAAUCAAGUUAAAGUGAAUUGUUCUGAAAAAGAUAUCAGAGACGCAUAUCGAAUUGGGAAGCAGAAAAUAACUGGUAGAAUUCGACCCACACUAGUAGAACUGUCAACGUAUAAAGUUAAGAAAGAAAUCUUCCAACAAGUACACAACUUAAAAGGUCUACAAAUCUUCGUUUCAAACGACUAUACCAAAGAAGAACUUGAUAAAAGGAAAGUACUCUCAGACAAUUUAAAACUUGCCAAAGCACAAAAUCUGCAAGCCAACAUCAAAAACAAUAAUUUAUUAGUGGAAAGUCAACUGUUCACUUACGAAGACCUCCUAAACAUUCCGAUCAGCUCCAGAAACUUCCGAAAGAAAAAAUUUACAGGAAAAGAAGAGGAUAUAAAACCAACGAACCAAAGGAAAAAUUCAACAAGAACUACAUCAAAAAGUGGACAUUCCUGA